AUGGCCCCAUUUACUUUCUUCGCCCUCGCCCUUCUCCUUGUAUUCACCGUACCUACUCACCAGGCUGGAACAGACGGAAUCAAUAGUCUUGUGCAACGUUUGAUACCAAACCACGCGAGUGGCUUCGAGUUCCAACUGAUCGGUCAAAAAAAUGACACCGAGAAUGACGAUUACCACAUUUCGUCAACUUCGAAUGGCAAGAUUCUCGUGGCAGGCAAUUCAAUAUCAGCACUCGCUGUCGGUCUUCGAAGAUACUUGACAGAACAAGCAAAUGUGGACAUAUACUGGUAUAUUGGAAGUCGCCUUCACCUCAUACCACAGACACUGCCGAACAUCACAAACCCCAUAGCAGGGUCCAGUAUUGUCCCAUAUCGAUACCAUUUCAACACAGUCACCUUCUCUUAUACGUCCGCCUUCUGGACUUGGGAUGAUUGGGAACUCCAACUCGAUUGGAUGGCUCUGCAUGGUAUCAAUCUCCCGCUGGCGUGGGUGGGACAAGAAAAGCUUCUCUUUGAGACGUUCAGUGAUGCAGGCUUCAAUGACACUGAGAUAUUCGACUUUCUCAGUGGACCGCCAUUUCAAGCUUGGAACCGAUUCGGUAAUAUUCAAGGAGACUGGGGUGGUCAAUUGCCAAUGUCUUGGAUUGAUGAACAGUUUGAGCUAAACAAGAAGAUUGUCGCUCGGAUGGUCGAGCUUGGAAUGACUCCCAUCCUUCCAGCCUUCACCGGAUUUGUGCCAAGGGCUAUCGAUCGGGUGUAUCCAAAUGCAUCAGUUCUGAUCGGAUCGCAAUGGGAGGAUUUCUCACCACGGUACACCAACGACACUUUUCUCAAUCCCUCAGAGAAUCCAGAACUGUUCACCCAGCUCCAAAAGAGUUUCAUAUCGAAGCAACAGGACGCGUACGGCAACGUGACUCACAUAUACACACUAGAUCAAUAUAACGAGAACGACCCAUCCUCUGGAGAUCUCGAUUUUCUCAGAAACCUGACACAAAAUACUUGGGCAUCAUUGAAGGCUGCGGAUCCUGAAUCAAUAUGGGUAAUGCAAGCCUGGCUGUUCCACAGCAAUGUCGACUUCUGGACAAAUGAGCGGAUUGAAGCAUACCUUGGUGGCGCUCCAAACGAAGAUAUGCUCAUUUUGGACCUCUUCUCCGAGUCAAGCCCCCAAUGGCAGCGAACCAACUCAUAUUAUGGAAAGCCCUGGAUUUGGUGUCAACUACAUAAUUACGGAGGUAAUCUUGGUUUGUACGGGCAAAUAAUGAACCUGACAAUAGAUCCGAUCCAAGCACUUCAGAACUCGAGUUCAUUGGUUGGAUUUGGGCUGUCUAUGGAAGGACAGGAAGGCAAUCAAAUCGUGUAUGAUUUGCUUCUCGACCAGGCUUGGUCAGAGGAACCCAUCGAUACCGAUAUCUACUUCCAUGAUUGGGUCUCCAGUCGGUAUAAUUCAGGGACGGGGAUUGGCACGAUCCCUCAAGCCCUGUACAGUGCUUGGGAUCAGAUGCGGACUACAGUUUACAACAGCACCAAUACCACCUUUAUCCCAGGUGUCCAGAAGUCUGUCCUGGAGCUUUCGCCUAAGAUCAAUGGAAUUUACAACAAAACCGGGCGCCAUGGUACCACGGUGUACUACGACCCGUCGGUGUUAUCCAUGGCCUGGUCGCUUUUUUAUCAAGCCUCCGAAGAAACACCAGCAUUAUGGGACAAUCCUGCAUACAAGUAUGAUUAUGUGGAUAUUUCACGCCAGGUAUUGAGUAAUGCAUUCACACAAGCAUAUUUCGACUUUGUAUCAAGCUACAAUGCCACCAAUGGGUCUCAAGCCACCUCCAACAACGAGACAGACAUGCUGUCCACAUACAGCUCAACGCUAUCCGGCAUAUUACUAUCACUCGACGCCGUGUUAGCAACGAACGGCCACUUCCGCCUGUCCACAUGGAUCGCAGACGCACGUGCUUGGGCAAACGAUACCGACCUCACAUCGUACUACGAGUACAAUGCUCGAAAUCAGCUGACUCUCUGGGGCCCUACUGGGGAGAUCAACGACUAUGCCUCCAAGGUUUGGAGUGGGCUGGUAUCAUCCUACUAUCUUCCUCGGUGGCUGGCAUUCACCGAUUACAUCACGACCACCCCACGUGCCGAAUACAAUGAGACCGAGCUCACAGGCCACUUCAUGUCAUUUUCCGAAUCAUGGCAGAAUGAGACGUGGGGACUAAGUGGCAAUGAGACCUACAGUGAAGAAGGGGAUUUAUUUGUGGUGAUGAGUCAAUUAAGGAGUGAUUGGCCGACGCUUUUCGGGUCGACAUGA